AUGAAUUUUCAUGGUUCCAAUGUGAUAGCUAGAGUGGUUGACACUUUUAGAGGUGUUGCUUCUGCUGCAAAGGAAGUGUAUGAUCAGAAGGAACAAGCCAUAGCUGAACGAAAUCGAGAGAGCAGAGGAGAGAUAAACAUUGAAAUUGGAAACAGAGAGAGGUUGAUUAGUGUUGGUGGGGAUGAGAUGAGGAGAUUUUUGGUUGAUAGAGAAAAUAUUGAGAAUGUGAAUGUUGUGCAACCGGAAGAUGAAUCAGAACCACAACUUAAUAAUGUGGUUAAUGAGUUUAAUUCAAAUGAGAUUGUGUGUGAUCCAGGUUGUAGGAAACAAAUUAAUGAGUAUGCUCCGGAUAUUCAAGACCAAGUGAGGAGGGCAUAUAUAUUGAAGGGUCUAAUGCAACCAGAUUCGUCAAGCUUUCCUCGUACUCAAUUUGGAAGUGUUAAAAGAGCAUUUUGUAAAUCAUGGUAUAAGAAUUAUACAUGGUUAGAAUACAGUGAGAUAAAAGAUGUAGCUUAUUGUAUUUAUUGUUUUCUAUUUAAGCAACCCGGGAGGGUCGAACACUUUGGUUUUGAAGUCUUCACCAAAAGCGGAUAUAGAGAUUGGAAGCUUGCAUCUCAAGGCUUGAAAGGUCAUGUUGGUAGUCAUAAUAGUUUGCACAACUCAUAUGUCAAGCACUACGAUGAUUAUAUUAAUCAAACACAAAGUGUGACAAGUAAGUUUGCUAAAGCAACAAAGGAAUCAGAAGAAUUGUAUAAGAUUCGUUUGACUUGUUAUUUAGAUUGUUCAAGAUAUCUCAUAGCAUAA